CCGGUAUUAACGGAGCCCGCGGAGGCAGUUGGCCCCCGCUCUCGAACUAUAUUGAGUUGCCUAAUAUAAAUAGACCCGUGCAGUGUGCUGAAGAUAAAGCUCAAACAACUUUUGAAUCUCACCCACCAAGUUAGGCCGUGAAGACAAUCUUUCCGUUAACUUGAGACGGAGAAUAUGCCGCCAACCAUUCAUCUCGUGCGUCACGGGCAAGCCGUGCACAACCUUAGCCAAGCAAACAACCACCUGCCUGACCCCGAACUGACGGCCCUUGGGGAAGAGCAGGCCAGAGGACUGAUUCCUAAGUUCCCAGAGCUUGCCAACGUUCAACUGAUCGUGUCAUCGCCACUGCGACGAACUAUCCAGACGGCCCUGUUAGCGUUUCCUUCUCAACUGAAGCGCGGCUUACAGAUUGUGGCCUUGCCAGAAGUACAAGAAGUUAGCGAUAUGAACUGUGACACUGGUAGCGAUAUCUCUGUGAUUAGAGCAGAGUUCGAAGAACAGCCGAUAGACUUCGAUUUGGUCGAGCCGGGCUGGCAAAUCAAGCAAGGAAAAUGGGCCCCGGUCGUGGGUAGUAUUAUGAAGAGGGCCCAGGUAGCGCGACAAUGGCUGAGCGAAAGAUCCGAGAUCGAAAUCGUGGUAGUUUCUCAUGGAAGCUUUCUGCAUUUCCUCACAGACGACUGGGUGAACUCUGUUAAUGAUAAGGGUACGGAUUGGGAUAAUGCAGAGGUCCGUUCUUAUACGUUUUCGCAUGACGACUGUGAAGGGCCAGUUUUAUGUGAGACUAGAGAGUCUAGAGAGAAGCGAGGGGUGGCGCCAGUUGCGCCGACCAGAGAAGAACAACUAGAGAUGAGACGAGCCGCACUGAAAGCAGGGAUUGAAUGGGGUCUCAUACAGGCGUGAUAAAUCUUGUCAAUGGCUUUAGCGCUGUAGCAUGAAAACAGUUUGAGGCGAGUCACUGGUCGCUACAACUUCUGCUAUUGCCAGUAAUUUGAAUGGUACUAUCUGUCCCAAAGAACUAUACCAAUACACUCAUCUAUCAAGAAGAUGAGAUAGGCUUCUUGGACAUGGUCGCAAUGAAUGCCGCCAGCGCUGCCUCGGGCUGGUAUGCUGGAACUUCAUGACCAGCGCCAUAUACCCGCAGCCAGCUCAAGUUUCCAGAGGUCUUGAAUUCUCCGUAUUUCUUUCCACCGACAGUGAAUGAGUUGAGAGGAGCCGAGACGAACGACUGCGGGGCAAUUGAGUUGAGUGCCCUGUAAUUACCCAUCCAGUUGCAAAUCCAAU